GGUGGCGAUGGCUCUCCGGUCCAGCUGGGCGGCCGCGGCCGUGACCGUGUUCCUCCAGUGGGUCCUCCCUGGCGUCUCACAGGCCCAGACCUUCUCCUUCCCUUUCCGGCAGCCGGAGACCUGCGGCCGCAGCCAGUACUUCGACAUCUCCGCGCUCUCCUGCGCCCCGUGCGGGGCCCACCAGCGGCGGGACGCCCGAGGAACUUCAUGUGUGUGUCUACCAGGAUUUCAGAUGAUCUCUAAUAACGGAGGAGCUGAUAUUAUUUGUAAAAAGUGCCCAGAAGACAAGAAAGGUGUUACCAAAGAUGGCUGGAACUGCAUUUCUUGCCCUGGUCGUUUGACUGCAGAAGGAAAAUGCCACUGUCCCCCUGGCCAUAUUUUAGUGGAAAGGGAUAUAAAUGGAGCGUUGUUGUCUCAAGCAACCUGUAAGCUCUGUGAUGGAACGGAAAACUCUUUUACAGUAGCAAAUGCCUUAGGAAACAGGUGUGUCCGAUGUGAGCCAACAUUCAUUAAUACCAGCAGGUCCUGUGCGUGUUUAGAACCUAACACCUUAACAGGGGGCUUAUGUUUCAGCAGCACAGGGAAUUUUCCUCCACCUAUGAUUUCAUCUGCACGUUAUGGAGAGCUUGGCAUGUCCAUCACUUCAGAAUGGUUUGCAAGGCAUUUGCAUUCAUCAGCAGCUGCUUGUUGGAUAUAUGCCAAUCUAACAUCUUGCCAAGCUCUUGGAAAUAUGUGUGUGAUGAACAUGAAUUCUUAUAACUCUGCCACUUUUGAUGCAUGUCGACUAUUUCAGUUUGUCUUUGAAAAUACUGCUGGACUGCGCACUGUUCAUUCUGUUUCGUUUUGGAGACAGAAUCUUCCAUGGCUGUUCUAUGGAGAUCAGCUUGGAUUAGCACCUCAAAUCCUCGAUACUACACCUCUUCCUUCAAAUUUCAGUUUUAAAGGGCAAAACCAGAAUACACAAAUGAAGUUUGUUGCUGCUUCCUAUGAUGUAAAAGGAAAUUUUCUCAAGUGGCAAACUUUAGAAGGUGGUGUUUUACAGCUUUGUCCAGACACAGAAACAAGAUUAAAUGCAGCUUAUUCUUUUGGAACAACCUAUCAACAAGACUGUGUGAUUCCUAUCUCUAAGAUCUUAACUGACUUUCCCACUCCUAUAUUUUAUGAUUUAUACCUUGAAUAUACCGAUGAAAAUCAACACCAAUAUAUUUGGGCUCUGCCUGUGUUAAACCUAAAUCUUCAACACAAUAAAAUAUUUGUGAACCAAGACAGUAACUCUGGCAAGUGGCUUCUGACUCGGCGCAUUUUCUUAGUGGAUGCACUAAGUGGACGAGAAAAUGACUUAGGAAGUCAGCCAAGAUUAAUUCGAAUUGCUACACGGAUAUCCCUGAGCAUCCACCUUGUACCCAACACAAAAAAAGGAAACAUCUACCCUCCCUUAAUUACCAUUGGCUACAGUGACAUUGAUGUCAAAGAUCCCAACAGCCAGCUUGUGAAGGUUUCUUUCUCUGUCGAAUAUGAAAUGAAUCAAGAAGAAGCACGUAUCCAGACAGAUAUUGCUUUGGGUGUGUUGGGUGGGCUCGCUGUUUUAACAUCUCUGUUGAAGACGGCGGGGUGGAAGAGGCGCAUUGGGAGUCCUAUGAUUGACCUACAGACAGUUAUGAAGUUCAUGGUGUACUACGCUGGUGAUCUGACCAAUGUAUUUGUUAUCAUCACUGUGGCAACGGGUCUUUAUUGGCUUAUUUUCUUCAAAGCACAGAAGUCUGUCUCUGUGUUUCUACCAACGCCGACUCAGGAAGAACGUUUUGGUACUUUUGUGGGAUGUGCUUUUGCUCUGAAGGCUCUGCAGUUUUUGCAUAAGCUCGUAUCCCAGGUUACCAUUGAUAUAUUCUUUAUCGAUUGGGAGCGACCUAAAGGGAAGGUUCUUAAAGCUGUUGAAGGUGAGGGUGGUGUGAGGAGCGCUACCGUUCCCGUAAGCAUAUGGAGAACAUAUUUUGUAGCAAAUGAAUGGAAUGAAAUUCAGACUGUGAGAAAAAUCAAUCCACUUUUUCAAGUACUUACUGUCCUCUUCUUUUUGGAGGUUGUGGGAUUUAAGAACUUAGCAUUAAUGGAUUCAUCCUCUAGUCUUUCCAGAGACCCAUCCAGCUACAUAGCUCCUUAUAGUCGCAUUUUGAGAUAUGCAGUGUCUUCUGCUCUCUGGCUAGUGAUUGGAAUGAUACAGAUCGUGUUCUUUGCUGUCUUUUAUGAGAGAUUUAUAGAAGAUAAAAUUCGACAGUUUGUGGAUUUAUGCUCUAUGAGCAAUAUAUCAGUGUUUCUGUUAUCCCACAAAUGUUUUGGAUAUUACAUUCAUGGUAGAUCAGUACACGGGCAUGCAGAUACUAACAUGGAAGAAAUGAAUCUGAAUCUGAAAAGAGAAGCGGAAAACUUGUGUAGCCAGAGAGGUUUGGUGCCCAACACAGAGGGUCAGACUUUCCAGAUUGCAAUUUCUAGCCAGAUGAGACAGCACUAUGACAGAAUUCAUGAGACGCUAACAAGGAAAAAUGGCCCUGCUAGACUAUUGAGUUCAUCAGCAAGUACUUUUGAGCAGAGUAUAAAGGCAUAUAAUACUAUGAAUAAAUUCCUUGGCUCUUUCAUCGAUCAUGUUCAUAAGGACAUGGACUACUUUAUAAAAGAUAAAUUGCUUCUUGAAAAAAUUCUUGGAAUAGAAUUCAUGGAACCAAUGGAAAAAAGCAUCUUUUAUAAUGAUGACGGUUAUUCAUUCAGCAGCGUUCUGUAUUAUGGAAAUGAAGCCACUCUUCUUAUUUAUGAUCUGCUGUUCUUCUGUGUUGUGGACUUGGCUUGCCAAAACUUUAUUUUAGCAGCCUUCCUUACAUAUCUACAACAAGAGGUUUUUAAAUUUAUUCGUAAUAUAGUAGGACAGAAUAAUUUGGCGUCCAAAACAUUGGUGGAUCAAAGGUUUUUGAUUUAAUUUAUUGAAUAGAUAACUUAAAAACUCAAUAUAAUCAUAGCCAAAAAAGGUUAUGAUUAUCAGGUUAGUUUGCCAUAUUUUUUAAUACAAAUUAUUAUAUUUUUAUUUGUUUUUAAACUACAGAAAGAUUUAUUUUUAUAAUUUGUGGAUACAUAAUUUGCUCUGAAAGUAUAUAAUAUGAUAUAAUGGAAAAUACCGUGUUACCAUUAUAUGUAGUAUUUAAUUCACCAACUCAUAGAUUAGACAGCACUGUCAAUGGGGCCAAAAAAAUCCAAAUGUUGCUUUCAGCGUAACACUUUUUAAUGAUUUCAAAACAGUGCCCAUCAUUUGUCUCUGGAUCAUUUUUAAGCUUGGAUUUGCCUGCAUUUUUUCACAUUGAAAAAAUUAUUUGAUUUCAAGUUCAAGCCUAUUUUUUAGUUUAGUAUUUUCUUGUUUUAUAUAUUUUAUGAUUAAAUAAAUGUUGAGAAACAUUUUUAAGUUUACUUGGAAAUUUAAA